GAAAAAAAAAGAAAGAAAAUAAUAAGUAAAACAAUAGGAGGAAAGACCGACACCCUACUGUAACUGCUGGUAUAGGGAAGGUCGUCCACAGUAUUAUGGGACUAGGAGUGAGAGACAGACCAAGUUAUCACUGAUCAGUGAGCUUUCAGCAGACUUAGCAUUCGGUGGCGAAAUGGCGAUUUCUCAUCAGUUGGUGAAUAGUGAAGGGCUUGUAAUUCAUCAGGACAAGAUGAAAAGUGUCCAUAAUGCAUUCUCAUGAUGCUACAGUGAUUAGAAAAAAAAAAGGCUAAAAGACAUCCACUCUGCGAGUGAUGUAAGCUUUCGCAUAUCACGUGCAGAGGAGCCUGACGGCAACCGCGUCUCGGCUGAUGCCAGAAGCUCAAUAAUUCCGCGCCAGAAUGUUGCGUGGUGAAUGGGCCCAGCAAAGCACUCGGUCAUGAUACUCUUAAAAAUGCUUGAAAAACUACUGCCUUGGCUACUAUACUAGACAAAGUUGCGUAAACAGAAAAGUUUAUUUAUGUUGUUAUCUGUAAAUCAAUGUGAUCUCAUUACAGAAUCUAAGAAGUGAUCAACUGAAGAAUAAUUAGAAUUCCACAAACCUUCACAAUGAGCACCGUCGAGUAUAUAAACAGGCAUAUCGUUUAUGCUCGGGGACCUGAAGGCCAGACGGUUGUCAUAGUUCCACCAAGACAAGUAAGACCAGAUAAGCCAGUCUCGUGCGCCUGCCGGGUCUGCGUAGGUUGCACGGCCGCAGUGGCAGCCGUGUGCUUGCUGUUGGGCAUCGUGUACGGAGCGAUCGCGUUGGCAGUGCUAGGCCCACACGACUUCUUCUCGUUGAACGGAAGGAAUGAACACUCUAAGUUGGUCUCCAUAUCGCUCUGGUUGCUGGGAGUCGGAGGUAUUUUUCUGUUCAUCUUACUUUGCAUUCAUAAAUGUAUAGAGAGAAGAAAACAAAAACGCAGGAUUCGCUUCAUGUACACAGCAGGUGAGAGCGACUCCCAAACGACGCAUCUCAUGCAGGACGUUACGCAGGAUCAAAGCUCCUUGGGCGGUCAAGGAGAACUUCACUUUCCAGGACAUGAAGCUUUUCCAGAGGGCGCGAGGUAUCCAAGUUCCCCUUCAGGCCAUCAAGUUCCCUCCGAAGGAUAUGAUCCUGCUUUGUACAAUUCUGAACGAAGAAGUCCUUCCAGGCACCAAGACCAAUUUUACCAGCCGGCAAGACCUUUCAGUUCCAGAUACCAAGCCCAAUUUUACCAGCCUGCAAGUCCUUCCAGGUACCAAACCCAAAUUUACCAGCCUGGAAGUCCUUCCAGUUCCAGGUACCAAGCCCAAUUCUACCAGCCUGCAAGUCCUUCCAGUUCAAGGUACCAAGACCACUUCUACCAGCCUGGAAGGGCAUAUCCGGGGGUGAUGUCCUCCGAAUUCUCGUCUCCGUUACGAUCUUCUCCCGUGACUGAGAGAUCGUUCUCGCCUGCCUCAGGUACAACUUACCUCAGCUAUCAUAGCACGAGGCCAGAAACUCACAAUGUUCCUAUGAAUUGAGUCUAUUCAUUCAUAUUUAUGCAAGGACUUUUAUAUAAUGGAAAAGAGGGUCGCCUCUUUUCUAGUGGUAUUCAAAUGUCUAAAACUACACAGAGAUGCGUUGAGAAUAAUCUGAAUCAAGCUUUUAGUCAUGGAAAUGAUCACUUCUUUUCCAGCGUUGCUUAAAUGUCUGAUUUGAUGCAAAAACAAAAAAAACUAUCAUUGUCAACUGAACUUACUUCUUUAUCCCUUUUGGAAAUCACGCGUUUCCAUGAUUUGUCAGUUUUAGAGACGCUUCGUUGGUUACUGUUCUAAUUUGUAAAUAGGUUUGCUGCAACUUGGCAAUAUCCUUCAGUUUUAUCGGAUGUGAAAGAAAAACAAUAGAUAUCGCCCAAGCAGUUCAUUUCAGUGGCUUUUGAGCAAAACAUAUUGAUGAACUUCAUCAUUUCUUAAAUCAUGUAGUGUGAGUAUCAGCGCAUUUGUGUGCGUUUUUCUUAAGCGAAGAGAUGAUCUCAUAAGAAAUCUUAGUUCAUUAUAUUUAACAGAGAGAGAUUAUUUUAUAAAUUAUGCUUUCCUAUCGGCAGUGAAAUAUUAUAUUGACAAAUAAUGCGACUCAGGAAAGGAAUAAUUUUGGUGCUAGUGUUAGCAAUCCCAUUAUGUGCCCAAUUUUGAAAUGUGUUUAGUGAUAUCUUUGUUUUUUUUUCUUUUUUUUUUAUCAUUUUGAAAAGCUUUGCAUGAUUAUUCAUUUGGUGCUAAUAUUAGUAAUUUCGUUAUAUGCUCAAUUUUCGAAUAUGUUUAGUGAUAUAGUUAUGCUUUUAUUUUUUAAACAUUUUCAAAAUUUGUGUGAUUAUUCAAUUGGUGCUAGUAUGGGUAACCUCAUUAUGUGCCCAAUUUUGGAAUGUGUUCAGUGAUAUCUUUAUGCUUUUAUUUUUUUUAACAUUUUGAAAAGCUUUGUAUGAGUAUUCAUUUGGUGCUAGAAUUAGUAAUCUCGUUAUGUGCCUAAUUUUGGAAAUUGUUUAGUGAUGUAUUUAUGCUUUUAUUUUUUAAACAUUUUCAAAAGCGCUGUAUGCUUAUUCAUUUGGUGCUAGUAUUAGUAAUCUUACUAUGUGCCCAAUUUUGGAAUAUGUUUUCUGAUAUAUCUAUGCUUUUAUUUUUAAACAUUUUCUAAGCCUUGUAAGAUUAUUCAAUAAUAAAGAGCAUACGUGCUUGC